AUGCCAAUUCUUGGAUAUCCAGCUUAUGUUUUUAUGAUGAAACUCAAGAGACUAAAAGCAGCUCUGAAAGAAUGGAAUUGGAAUAUCUUUGGCAAUGUUCAAGUUAAAAUCAAAGAAGCAGAAAAGUUAGUUCAAGAAAAAAUGUUAAUUUCAUAUGACAAUCCUCAAGAUGAAAAUGCUCUUUUUGAUCUAGUUAUGGCUCAGAAUGAUUUGAAUUCUAGAGAAGUCCAGCAUAGUAUUAUGAUGAAGCAGAAGUCAAGGAUUCAAUGGGUAAAAGAAGGAUCUGCCAAUACUAAUUUUUUCCAUACAAGCAUCAAGAUUAGACAAACCCAAAAUAUGAUCUGUGAAUUGGAGGAUGAUGAAGGUAAUGUUAUUGCUGACCAAGAUAGAAUUGCUGAUAUCCUUGUUGAAUUCUUUCACAAAAGAUUCCAGUAUCAAGAAGUCAAUAUUGAUGAAACUUUAUUAGAGGUUGUUCCUCAAUUAGUUACUGAAGAAGAUCAAAAUAAUCUUGACAAGAUUCCUGAUUCAAGUGAAAUUAAGCAAGCAGUAUGGGUAAUGAAUGCAUAUGGUGCUCCAGGACCUGAUAGCUUCUCAGGUAUAUUUUACAAAUCUUGUUGGGAUAUUAUUCAUAAUGACUUUGUAGAAGCCAUUCAAUAUUGCUGGAAGAGAAAGUACAUUCUAAGAGGUCUUAACUCAAACUUUCUAAUGCUAUUGCCCAAAACUCAAAAUGCUAAGAAGCCAGGUCAGUUCAGGCCAAUUGGCCUAAGUAAUUUUAGUUUCAAAGUUUUUACUAAAAUUCUUGCUACUAGAAUGAACAGUUUGAUGGGAAAGUUAGUGUCUCCUCAGCAGGCAGCUUAUAUUAGGGGGAGAAAUAUUCAUGAGCAAGUGAUGUUAGCCUCAGAAUUGGUCAAUGAAAUAAAGCAUAAUAGAAGAGGGGGUAAUGUAGGACUUAAGCUUGAUAUAUCACAAGCUUAUGACUCUGUUAACUGGAACUUUCUAUUUCAAGUGCUUCAAAGAUAUGGUUUUUCAGAAUCUUGGUGUGCUUGGCUUCAUGUCUUGUUUUCUUCUGCCUAA